AUGUAUAAAGUAGCUAAAGCAUCGGAAUACCUUGUGAUAACGGGAGGAUGGAUCAAGGACAUGAAGCUGACUCGGAAGUCGUGGGUGUUUCCCGGGCAACGAUGCACCCGAAUCGACCUCUCUCCGGUCAACUACACCUUCCAAGUCCAAGCCAUGAGCGCCGAGAAGCUCCCCUUCAUCCUCCCCGCCGUCUUCACCAUCGGCCCCCGCGUUGACGAUGCCGAGAGCAUCCUCAAGUACGCCAAGCUCAUGUCCUCCCACUCCACCACAUCCAACCACGUCACCGACCUCGUGGGGGGCGUGGUCGAGGGCGAGACACGUGUCCUCGCAGCCUCCAUGACCAUGGAGGAAAUCUUCAAGGGCACCAAGGAGUUCAAGCAAGAGGUGUUCAACAAGAUCCAGGUCGAGCUCAACCAGUUUGGCCUCCUCAUCUACAACGCCAACGUCAAGCAGCUCGUUGACGUCCCCGGACAUGAGUACUUCUCCUAUCUUGGCCAGAAGGUCCAAAUGGAAGCCGCCAACCAGGCCCGGAUCGAUGUCGCUGAGGCCAAGAUGAAGGGCGAGGUUGGUGCCAAGCUUCGAGACGGCCAGACCAAGCAGAAUGCUGCCAAGAUUGACGCCGAGACGAAGAUCAUCUCCACCCAGAGGCAAGGAGAGGGGAAGAAGCAGGAAUUCAAGGUGGAGACGGAUGUCAAGAUCUAUCAGAACCAGCAGGAGGCCAUGGCUGCGGAAGCCAACGCCCAGCUCGCUAUGAAGAAAGCCGGAUGGGCUAGGGAGGCUGAAGUCGCGCAGGUCGAGUCCAAGAAGGCGGUCGCCAUCCGCGAGGCCGAGCUUCAGAGAGAGGUGGAGAGGAUGAACGCACUCACAACCACGGAAAAACUCAAGGCCGAUCUCCUCACCAAAGCCACCGUUGAGUUUGAAACCAAGUCGCAGGAAGCCAAUGCCGUCUUGUACGCCAAACAGAAAGCUGCGGAGGCGUAUCUCUACGAGAAGCAGAAGGAGUCGGAGGCGAUCAAGGCUGCAGCAGAGGCUGAGCUGUAUCAACGGAGGCAGAAGGUGGAGGGAGACCUCUACGCCAAGCUCAAGGAAGCCGAGGGGCUCACUGCUCUAGCCGAGGCGCAAGGGACUUACAUACGCUCCAUUCUCGGCGCGUUUGGAGGAAACUACUCGGCCAUGAGAGAUUACUUGAUGAUAAAGGAGGGAGUGUUUCAAGAUCUUGCAAAGAGCAAUGCCGAGGCCGUGCGCGGGCUCCAGCCAAAGCUCAGCAUAUGGACUAACGGAGAUAACUCUGGUGGUAGUGAUGCAAUGAAGGAAGUUGGUGGAAUAUAUAAGAUGUUGCCUCCAUUGUUCAAAACGGUGCAAGAACAAACCGGAAUGCUUCCACCUUCAUGGAUGCCUCAACUACCUACCGAUCAAAAUUAAACUGGAU